GGGACUCAGCCGGGUGCCUGCCUGACCCUCUCCUAGACUCCCCUCUCCACCCUAGCAGCCGCGCGGUACUCAGGACCCGCCCCCUUCGCUAACGGAAGGCAGACGAUUGGUUGACGGAGGCCCUGGGUUCAACCGGCCCCGGGAGGGGAUUGGCUGUCUGCCGGUGACGCCGCUGGGACAACCCAGCCCGAGUCCGAAGCCGGUGAAGGAGGCGCUGGCUGUUGCGGCGGGUCUGGUGAGCUGGAGAGUUUGAUUAUGGACCAUGUGCUGAUGCGUGUGCUUGAAAUGUUGAAAAUAACAAUUUGUGAAGACUUUGCCAUCUAGAUGCUUAACUGGAUUAAACGCCUAAUUAGGAUGGUUUGCGAACAAGUUGGAAUAAGCAUGGAAUCAGUACUCUGGUCAGGCAAACCAUAUGGUUCAUCUCGAAGUAUUGUAAGGAAGAUCGGUACCAAUUUAUCUCUGAUUCAGUGUCCAAGAGUUCAAUUUCAGCUUACCAGUCAGUUGACAGAAUGGAGCCCUAACCGACACCAGGAGGAUGCAGUGGCCUCUUUUGCUGAUGUGGGAUGGGUCGCCAAAGAAGAAGGAGAGGUUUCUACAAGGCUAAGAACAGAGAUUGGGUCAAAGCAGGCCCCUCCAGAUGAACUUGAUUUCCUUGAAAAGCCCCCAAACAGACAAGUUUCUCUACCAAACCUCUCCCAGGAGGAUCCAGAACCCAAAGUGACAGCUUUAGCCAAUGAUGAAGCUUUACAGAAGAUCAGUGCACUUGAACAUGAACUGGCUACUCUCCGAGCACAGAUCGCCAAAAUCGUGACUUUGCAAGAACAGCAGAGUUUUACUUCAGGUGGCUUAAGUCCCACCAUACCUACAGUUGCUCCAGCAUCACUUCCUGCUCCACCACCACCAUUACUUCCCCCGCCGCUGCCGCCGCCACCACCACCACCACCACCACCACCUCCUUCAUUGGGAAUACGCCAAAGUGUAUCUGCUAUUGAUCUGAUUAAAGAGAGAAGAGAAAAGAAAGCUAGUGCUGGAAAGAUAUUGAUAGAAAAUAGCCCAAAGAAACCUGAAGUGCCAAAUAUGCUAGAAAUCCUAAAAGACAUGAACAACGUAAAACUUCGGUCUGUGAAAAGAUCAGAGCAAGACUUAAAACCUAAACCAGCGGACCCUGCUGAUCCUGCAACCCUAAUUGCAGAAGCUUUGAAAAAGAAAUUUGCUUAUCGGUACCGAAGUGAUAGCCAAACUGAAACUGAAAAAUCCAUUCCAGCAUCUGAAUCGAAAACCACCUCAGAAACAAUGUUGUUUGGGCCACACAUGUUGAAGUCUACAGGAAAAAUGAAGUCUUUAAUUGAAAAUGUUUCACAUUCCUAAGUAGACACUAAGUAGAAGGAAAAGACUAUUUUGUUGAACUGUUGUUUAGUUAUAGUUAAGUAAGGCUAGUAGAAAUCAACAUUAUUUAGUAAAUCCUUGACUUUUAUGUUCAGUGGCAGCCUAUGAAACCAAAAAGUAAAUUAAACCAUGACAAAAACACUAUUUUUUGUUUCUGAAAGAUGGUCUAUUUUCUGGAGCCACUCAUGGAAUAUGUAGAUUCUGACAAGUUUAAAUGUAUCCAAGUUGCUUGGAUUUAAAUUGUCCAUUCUUUUUUUUUUAAAAAAAAUGUUUAGAUUUCAGAACAUUUGUGGAUAUUACUCUGAGGUUUUUAAUUCCUAAACACUAAUUUAUCUGUACAAAUGUUUUAUUUGCAUGUAUUUGACAGAUUUAAAACAGUUUGUGAUGAUGGCAAUGAAGUACUGUUAAGUUAUCUUCAUUCAUAUUAAAUAUUAAUUUUGUCUACAUGAUGGAACAGCUGGUAUAACAUAAGUUGUUGCAGAGAAACAUUUAAUUUGAAUCUUCUUGCCUGGAACAGAGCUCAAGGUUUACUUAGAACUCUUAAUUUCUCCCUCAUACUUGUUGGGAGUUAGAGGUCAAAAAGUUGCAAGAAGACAGCUUACUGCUGAAAUGUGUCAAAAUGCUCAUUUUUGAAGUUGAAGUGGAUGAACUUGAAGGCUUCUUUCAUCUCAGUGCUACCCAGUACCAAGUGGAAAAAAAUGCAGGAGAAAGAGAGGAAUCGAGUUAGCUUAUGACUUAGAAUCCUUUUGUUUGUAAAGACCAAAUGUAUCAUUGUGUUCUCCCCCCUCUUGAUGGCUAACUGUUCAGUAGAUAAUUCUAAAAUGUCAGCACAGAGGAGGAUUACAAAAAAUGUAAUCCUUGUAAAAAUGUGAUGUAUGAGUGUUUCAGAAAGUGUUUGAUUGUUGGUGAACUUAUUAGAUGAAGUAAGGAGUUGUUGAAUCUAGCAGUAAGAGGAAGUAACUUCCUAUGUAAAUUGGUAUCUGGUCACUGUGCUGUUUCCUAACGAUGUCAAAAAAAAAAAAAAAAACCCAAACAAAACCCCAGAAGUCUUGGAUAUUAACAUUAAAUACUUUCUGCUGUUUUAAGAUACAUUACCUAUUUACAGUCCUUGAUGACAUCUUUACUAGCACAAGCAGUGCUGUGUGUGCCCACUCAGCUAGAGUCAAUGCCUGAAAAUCUUCAACCAAUGGUGUUUUGGUGUAUUUUUUUACUCAUCAAACAUAAAAUUCUAAUUUCCAUGGGAAAAUCCUGCACUUCUUUGGAGUGGGGAAGUUUUUUCACUUUUAAGUUAUUUAAAAAUGUGUGUAAUGGCCUCCCAAAUAUUAAAGUUUAGUUCAUGUGUAUGCAAUGGUCUUCAAGAGUUUUGAUUAUUCAGCUUUAAUUUUGAACUGUGACUACUUAUUUUAACAUGCUGUUAACAUGCAUUUUAAAGUUGUCUCUGUUUUAUGGAUUUUAGAAGGCUACCCCUUUAAAAAAAAUUUCAGAGCACCUACUGUCAUAAAUAGAAGGCCAAAGCCCUCUGUACUGGUUUUGAACUUAGGCCUGUGCACAGAUUUAAAGACAUAACUAUUUUAAAAUAAAGCAAACUUUUGUUUCA